GUGUAAAGCUUCCGUUUGAAGCGUAUAAACUCAUGCAGUAGUUAGUGAACUUCCUUUCAUGUUGCAACGUCUAUCAGAGACGCGUGUACACCUCACAAGAAACUCACCGUCGCAACGUGCGAAAAAGUGCAAAACGUGUGAAGCAUCAGAACGUGUGAAAGUCACAGAAGAGUUAUAAAAAAAAAGGACUGUGGAAAAGAUUUUUCAGUGACUUUGAAGUGCUUAGUGACAAAUUAAGUGUGGAUUAGCUUUUAUUUUCUACUGCACGAUACUUGUGAACAUAUUGCGAAUAUGGCCGGGAAAAGUCAGCAGCGGUGAAGGUUUUAGGCAAAUGAGCGUCAGGCAGCAAAUUAGUUUAGUUCAGAUUCAUCAUGUUAUCUUUCUUACAUACACUACGAAUAAACUAGACAAUUAGAAGGUAAUUAAACCCCUCGGUGUUUGCAGUCCAUACCCAAAUCUACUGUGACUUGUGGAUUUCUCGCACAGUGAUAUUCUUCUUAUCUCUGGAAACACAUUCGCAAACAAUGGACUAAAAGUGGUUCGAGUGAAGAAGUUUUAAAGAAAAAAAAUACUUGUAAAAGAUGAGAUCAACAGUAGAACAUUGAGAAAUUAUGUAUAGAUACAUAUGGCUGAUCCUGAAAGUACAAACUGUUUAAAAAAAAAGUAAAGCGGCGUCCACGGACGUCGCCAUGAGGCGACGACGAGUGACGCUGCUGCUGAUUGAGUUGGCCCUUGUGGUCACCUUGGCUGCCGCUCGUGGUCCACCACCACCUAUCCUACGUCCCCGGGACGGCGAUCCCUUUGACACUCUACCUAAGAGUUUCUGGCAGGAAUUUUCCUCACCAUUCACGGAUACCCCCGAAGGAGGUGAUACGGACGACAGCGCAGAGUCUUUGGAGACAACCACCCGCGAACCACAACCCUUCUUUGAGGAACCUCUAGCCGCAGCCAACAUAACAACACAGUUAGGAAGUCACGUUCAUCUCCAUUGUCGUGUGAAUGAUCUGCGAGAGAAGACGGUCUCAUGGGUCCGACGGAAGGAAGAUCAAUUGCAGCUAAUCACAUUCGGUCGGCACACCUACAGCAGUGAUUCACGCUACCAACUCGAAUAUCAACCUCCUAACGACUGGCAACUCCUCAUUCAGUUUGCCAAUGAACGCGACGAAGGACACUAUGAGUGUCAGGUCUCCUCCCAUCCACCUCUAGUCUUCCUGGUUUAUCUCACAGUCGUGGUACCACGAGUUGAGAUUGUGGAUGAACGAGGUGGCGCGGGAGCGGAUAAAUUUUACAAAGCAGGAAGCACAAUUGAGCUGAAAUGCGUCAUCACGAAGGUGCCACAGCCUACGACCUAUGUAACGUGGAAACACGGCCAGCGAAUGCUCAACUACGACACAAGCAGAGGCGGCAUCAGUGUGAAGACUGAUUUAAAAAUUGGCGGUGCCGUGAGUCGUCUGUACAUUGCCAAUGCAAAUCGCUAUGAUUCCGGUAACUACACUUGCGCCCUUGCCGAUGUAGCCAUGAAUACGGUCACCGUCCAUGUACUUAAUGGUGAAAACCCUGCUGCAAUGCAACACGGAGGCUCUCCCAGAUGGACUCCAAUAGCUUGGGCCACUGUAUUUUCAUCAAUUACACAUUUAUUUGUACAUCGACGGUGAUCUUUAACAAUCCCACAAAAUUGAGUUUGAAUUGUUUAUUGAAGUGAAUUGAAGGUUGGAUUAAAAGUGUGGUUUGCUCUACAGCGCUAUAAAGGUAAAUGCUCCACAGUGUUCUGAGGGCACCAAAUCCUUCAAAAUUCUAUGAGGAUUCCUCAUGAAUUAUUUUGCAUUUACCUCAGACUAUGAAUAGAAGAGCGGAAAGUGAAUCUCAUAAAUUUUCUAUGGAGAAAAAUUCAGUGAGAACAUGAAUAACUAAUAACGAAUAUCAUACUUUUUUCACUAAAAAAAGACACUUUUUUCGUACCUAUUAGUUAGGUGAUUUAAAUAAGGUAAACCCAUGUAUAGUGAAAUUAAUAUGAAUUUCUUUUGUAAAUAGAAUUUAACGAAAGAAAUUCUUUCAUCUGUGAAUGAGAUUAAAUCAAAGAAGUGUGCAAAAAUAAUUCUAUUUCUGAACAUUUGUUCUCUAUGUGGUAGAAAAGGCAAAAGUGUGAAAAUAAAGUUUCAUUAGUUUGCUGUAAGUGGAGAAGACAGUGUUAGAAGUACUGUACUACAUCAACAUAUGAUAGGAUUAAUUGAAAUGUAAGAAAUUAUGAAUAAAAAAAAUGAAAUUUCAUUUUGAGGCUGAUAUAAU